AUGCUCGCGAAGCUCUGUGGUGCUUCCUGGAAUCCGCCAACGCUGCAUGAUCCCUUUGACGCCACUUUUGCACGCCCGUGUGUGGCAAGGGGCCUGAUGCCGGAAGAUGUCCAAACUGAAAGACACGUUCUGGCCUCGUCUUUCUUUGGGCACCCGUCAGGAAGUAAGUCCUUGCACUAUUCCGACCAUGUGGCGCCUGACUUUGCAUCAACCCGAGCCUGCCAUCCGGCUAGAAGAUCUCAAGCCUUGUCCUUUUUCGAAGAUGCAUACCAGGCAUCGUCGAACCAGCGCGUUCGAAACGACGAAAGCUUGCAGAGGGCAGAGGGACAGAAAAACGUGAAGUUGGAGGAUUCGAAUUCAGAAGACUCAAAGGUACCUGCCCCCGAGGAGGAUGCGGAGGAUCCCGCUGACGCUUACAAGACACAGGAGGAAAAAUUGCUGAAGCGGAUCCACGACGAUGAAGAAGAAGUUGUCGAGCUGGUGGUCGCCCAGAAGGCAGCCGCGCAACACGAAGCACUAGCACAGCAGCAUGCGCGAGCCGCUGCCGCGAGAAGGGCGGCUGCCCAUGCUGGGGUUUCCCAAGAUUCGAUGGCUCAUGCUGGGCACCGGAAAGCACACCACUUAUCGCACAAUGAGCGGAUCUGCCGUAGGAGGAAAACUCCAUUGGAAUGUCAGGAUUUGAAAGCACAGUGUGGAUGGUUCGGUGACGAGGAUACAGGCAGAUGCCACCACAAGGCUCACGGGGAAUGGCCUAGCGGCACCGACUUUCUGUUUCAGGUUGGAGAAGUUGCGCUACUAGAGUCGUUGGUCAUAGCUACGGCUGUUGUGUCACGGCUGCGUGGCAGGGAAUUCCUGCGACAGCAUGCGGAGAAUGCGAGCUAUAAUCUGCGAUCAUCCAUGUGGUAUUUUCCCACGGUGCUGAUGUACGGCUUGGUAGGCCUGUACUACUACACGCGCACGAUGGGCUGGGAGCCUCCCCAGACCGCCUACUUCUUGGUACAAAUCGUGUCCACGGUUGGCGACAACGACAUGACCCCCAUUCAGCCUGUACCGAGACUAUUCACUUUAAUUCACAUUCUGCUGGGUCUCGUUCUCGUCGGAGGUGCAGUCGGAGAAGAACUCGACGAAAUCCUGCAGAGCCGCGUCAAUCGGAUGAGCACCGCUGUGGCACGAGGUGCAGAUUUCCAAGACCUACUGCCGAUCUUGUGGCGCGUGGCAGCUGAGGCCCGCGAUGCUGCCGGCUCCAACGAUCAACUUCAGAACAUCAUCGAAAGGCUUGAGAGUCUGCCUCAGCAUCCGCGGGAGUCCCGUCCGACUCCGAACCAGCUUCGCUGGCUGCGGGAGGUUCGUGGCGGGGAGGUGGUGCUAGCUGAGCUUACCGGCACCGGUGCACUCAUCCCAUGGCCACAGCGAUCUGCUCUGUGGACGGGAGCAGGCUGGCGGAUCAAGGCUCUUCUCCCUCUCCUCCGCUACGUUCUGGAGAAUCCCAGCGGGCCCAUGCCUAGCUACGACCAGGAGGCUACCUUAGACAUUCUGGAAGACGAUGUCAUAUUCGAUCAGCACUUCACGACCCUGAUCAUCAAAAGCUCCGUGGACAUCGGCACUGUCAUUCUCUCCGGGACGCUUUUCUUUGGCAUGGUCUCAAACUGGAUCCGCGGCAAGUCUGCCUUCACCUUGUUCGAUGGUUUGUUCUUCUCCGUUGCCAGCGCAUCUUCGGUGGGCUCGUCCGGAGAUGCAUUUACUUCAACGGCCAUCGAGAAGGCCGCCAGUUGUCUCCUCUUCAUCUGUGGGAGCUACAGCUUCAACCGCUUCACCAUGUUCAUGUCUGAGGUGAUGGCCUUCAAGGCACGCUCUUCUGCCUGA